CCGCCCCGGAAAUGCGUGUGCUAGCUUUCUGUGUGCUUAGGUGCCCGAGCUACUGAGGGUCUAGGUCCGGGCAGCCGAAGAGUGUGGUAGGUAACGGUCGUCAGCGCAAGGGUCAUUUCGUCGCUGGGAAGGGACGGCCCUCGCCCGCGGUGAUGGUGGUUAGCAAGAUGAACAAAGAUGCACAGAUGAGAGCAGCAAUUAACCAAAAGUUGAUAGAAACUGGAGAAAGAGAACGCCUCAAAGAGUUGCUGAGAGCUAAAUUAAUUGAAUGUGGCUGGAAGGAUCAGUUGAAGGCACACUGUAAAGAGGUAAUUAAAGAAAAAGGACUAGAACACGUUACUGUUGAUGACUUGGUGGCUGAAAUCACACCAAAAGGCAGAGCCCUGGUACCUGACAGUGUAAAGAAGGAGCUCCUACAAAGAAUAAGAACAUUCCUUGCUCAGCAUGCCAGCCUUUAAGAUUGAAUUAGAUUGUGUUGUUUUGUGGUUUUAUUUCUGAAAGUAAAACUUGCCAUAAAUUAGGAAUUGAUUUCCCAAAAUAAAAUCCUUUUUUGUAUGAUGGUAUACAGUUUUCAGUAAUGAUGUAUACAAUUGUAUUGAUUUUUUUCCCUAAAUGUGUUAUUUUAAUAA